AUGUUAAGUACUUUGUACCUUAUUAAGAAUAAUUUUGAUACCAUUCCUGAUGGGGCUUUUUCUGAUCUUGGCAGCUUAGUUUGGUUGGAACUGAACGAGGCCGGAAUCAAGACUUUAUCACCGUCUUCUUUUGAAGGGCUUUAUAGCUUGCAACAUCUGAACUUGGAUGGAAACUUGAUUGAAACCCUACCAGUAUCCAUCUUUAGUGGAACAUUCAGCUUGAAUUACUUGUAUCUGCAUGAAAAUCGAAUAAGAUCAAUUCCAGAUGGGACAUUCAUCAGUCUGUUCCUUCUGUUUUAUCUAGAUCUCCAUCAGAAUCGACUUGAGGUAAUUACUGAUGGCACUUUUGACGGAUUGUCGUUCCUAUUUUACUUAGACCUCUCUCACAACAACAUCGAAGUCAUAUCGCCGGGUGCAUUCGACGGUCUGUUUAUGUUGGAUCAACUCGAUCUGAGGAACAACAGGAUCAAAAUAUUACCAGAAAUGGUUUUCAGAGAUUUGCACGCCUUAUUCUAUUUAUACCUGCAAGAUAACCAGAUUGAUGGAAUCCCGGAAGGUGCUUUGUCUGAAAUGGAGACGUUGAGGACCCUGUAAGAUACCUCCAGUUUACAAAGUUCAUAUUUAUUGUCCAUUUAACAAUGGAAGUUCGUCGUGUUACAUUGUAUAUAAAUACACAUCUAUAACAUAAACACUCAUAGUAAAAUUCAAUAAAAUAAUUUUCGAGUUCACAGAAAACAACCAAAACCAUAAACAAUCAAACAAAGAUAUAGUCAUGCAUCGAAAUUAAUA